UGGAAAUUUUGUUUGGUCAUAUUUUUAAGUGGAGACAUGUAAACACUCUGCUACUAAAACCGCCCCCUCCCCGUGACCUUCCUUGAUUCCACUACUGCCGUCUCAUCUCUAGUUUUCAGCAUGAGAGUUGUUCUGCUGAUGGUCGUGACGUUGGCGCUGGCCAGCCUGGUGCUGUCUAACACUCAUUGCCGCCGCCUCCGUUGUACAGGGAGGAGGAGGUCGCCACUUGUUAAAAGAGCAGCACCUGAAGGAGAUGACUUUGAGAAACAAGUGGAGAUUCUCCAUGAGGUUGCAGAUGAGAUAGAGAGAGAAGUGGAGAAUGCGGAGGAAGAUGCAGCUCUGGAUCUGGUGAUGGAGGAGCUGGAGGAGCUGGUGGAGAAGAAAGUGGAGUCCUUAAAGGAGGAAGACGGAAAGCUGGAGGGAGGCAAAAUUGAUCUUGAUGAAUUCCAGUUGGGGAAGUCCGGAAUAUACGGCGAAUAAAGAACUAUAAAAACCGAAAAAUGAAGACCUGGGAGCCUACAUGUAAAAAUAGUACAAUCAAUGGUCUCGUUACUUAGAAAUAAAGAUAUGACACAACA